AUGUCCGGAGAGAACGACAGCGGAAGCCCUGCCGCGGAACGACAGGACGCACCUGCCGGCGGCAGCGAACACCUUAACAUCAAGGUGACAGACAACAAUAACGAGGUUUUCUUCAAAAUCAAGCGCUCUACUAAGCUCGAGAAGUUGAUGACGGCCUUUUGUGAGCGUCAAGGCAAGGUUGUCGAUUCCGUGCGCUUUCUGUUCGAAGGGCAGCGGGUUCAAAAGAGCGAUACACCCGAUUCGCUGGAGAUGGCCGACGGUGACACCUUGGAAGUUCACCAGGAACAGGUGGGAGGUGCCUGUCGCCGCUGA